CUCUCAGGAGGGGUCUCCGGGGACGCGACGCGCUCCUCCGGGUCCAGCAGGAGACUGUGCGCCUCGCGGAUCACGCCCGAGCCAGCGGCGCGCGCUCUGCCCGUAGACAUGAUGGAGGGAGGGGACGUGAUGGACAAACUGGAGGACAUGUCUUCCGUGUACGACUUCGACCCGAUCACCGGGAACAUCCCCGCCACCAAAGUGGAGAUCACCGUCUCCUGCAGUUUGGCAGGACAGAGGUGAUAGACAACACUCUGAACCCCGACUUUGUUAGAAAGUACAUCUUGGACUACUUUUUUGAGGAGAAGCAGAACCUACGCUUUGACUUGUACGAUGUGGACUCUAAAAGCCCGGACCUGUCCAAACAUCCCGCAGAACUCAAUGACUUUUUGGGUCAGAUGUUCUGUACUCUCGGAGAGAUUGUUGGAUCACCAGCCAGUCGACUGGAAAAACCACUGGGUGGGAUUCCUGGGAAGAAAUGUGGCACGAUCAUCCUGUCUGCAGAGGAGCUAAGCAACUGUCGAGACAGUGCCACUAUGCAGUUCUGUGCCAACAAGCUGGACAAAAAGGACUUUUUUGGCAAAUCUGACCCUUUCAUGGUUUUCUACAGAAGCAAUGAGGAUGGGACGUUUACUAUCUGCCAUAAAACAGAGGUGGUGAAGAAUACAUUAAAUCCAGUGUGGCAGCCUUUCACCAUCCCAGUGAGAGCGCUCUGUAAUGGAGACUAUGACAGAACAAUCAAGGUGGAGGUGUAUGACUGGGAUCGGGAUGGUAGCCACGACUUCAUUGGGGAUUUCACGACCAGCUACCGAGAGCUAGCUCGAGGGCAGAGUCAGUUCAAUGUGUACGAGGUGAUUAAUACAAAAAAGAAAAUGAAGAAAAAGAAAUAUGUCAACUCAGGAAUGGUGACCCUGCUCUCAUUCUCUGUUGAGUCAGAAUUCACCUUCUUAGAUUACAUCAAAGGAGGUACGCAGAUCAAUUUCACCGUGGCCAUCGAUUUCACAGCAUCUAAUGGAAAUCCCUCCCAGUCCACUUCGCUGCACUACAUGAACCCAUACCAACUGAACGCCUAUGCCAUGGCCCUGAAGGCUGUGGGUGAGAUCAUUCAGGACUACGACAGCGACAAGAUGUUUCCAGCUUUAGGCUUUGGAGCCAAACUGCCUCCUGAUGGCCGGGUGUCCCACGAGUUCCCACUGAAYGGAAACAUGGAAAAUCCUUACUGCAAUGGAAUUGAAGGCAUCUUAGAGGCGUACCAUCAAAGUCUGAAGACUGUUCAGUUAUACGGGCCGACCAAUUUUGCUCCCAUAGUGAACCAUGUUGCAAGAUAUGCAGCGGCAGUGCAGGACGGCUCGCAGUACUUCGUCCUCCUCAUCAUCACAGAUGGCGUCAUUUCAGACAUGGCCCAGACCAAAGAAGCCAUUGUAAAUGCUGCCAAGCUUCCUAUGUCCAUCAUCAUCGUUGGAGUGGGUCAGGCUGAGUUUGAUGCUAUGGUGGAACUGGAUGGUGAUGACAUCAGGAUCUCAUCCCGAGGGAAACUGGCAGAGAGAGAUAUUGUUCAGUUUGUUCCUUUCAGAGAUUACAUGGACCGAACAGGGAACCAUGUGUUGAGCAUGGCGCGGCUCGCCAAAGACGUGCUAGCAGAAAUCCCCGACCAGUUUAUCUCCUACAUGAAGAGCCGAGGGAUCAAACCCAACCCKGCGCCGCCUCCCUACACACCGCCUGGACACACACACCACCACACACAGAUCUGAGGCCCUCCUCUUUGCUUCUGAGGACUGAUAGCAUGCAGCAGCCACUCAGAGUCCCUGGGGAGCUCUCUACCUCCUGUUUUUUUUUUUUGUUUUUGUUUUUUGGUGUAAAUAUGAGACAAAGCACCAGGAAGUGGAUGAAGAAUUUAGUGCUGUUCUUUCCCAGUGACUACAGGAGCAGCACUUUUUUUGUUUUGUGUUUCUCCUGUAAUACAUUUCUUUUGUCGCCUCUUUUAAGAGGCCAAACCUUUCAGGACUUGUUGUUAAAAGCCUUUCAGGCAAUGACUGUUUGACAGCAGGUUGGUUAAAAAAGCUCAUGUUGUGGUUAAAACUUGUGCCUGUCUGUGUUGUUUKAUUUUUUUAUUUUUCCCAAGUGUUUACAGACAUACAAACUUGACCCAAGCCUUGCUCGUCAGUCAUUGGUGUGGCCUAAAACUGGUAUUUUUAGGUACCUUUUUCUUCUUGAAUAUGUUUUUAUUAGGUGAUGAUUUCCACAUCUGAUAUGAUGCUUUCCAGCAAACACCACCUCCUGUUUGCUUUAUUAAGCCAAUGUUUAUAAGAGCAUGUUAUAUGAGAAUUUAAUUCCCUCCUAGUGUUAAUUCACAAUUCUUUUUCAGAAUAGCAUGAGAUUUAUUUUGAACACCAUAAAAACUUAAUUCAUUUUGAAGUAUUCUUAGAAACUGCACACUAAUUAUUGAUUGUACCAGGUUAAUCAGAACCCAUUUUUCUGAGUGCUGCUAUUCAUUAGGUUUAAAGAAAUUACAACGUGUACUCACAUUAUUCAAAAGGKUUUUUUUUUGCACUUUUAAAUGUAAAACAUUAAUGGAUAUUAUUGCAGUUAAGGCUUUUCUUCAUUGCUGAUUUGUUUCAUUGACAGAGGAAGUUAGUGGCAUCUACCUAUUUACUUUUUUAAUUUUUACUUCUAAUUAUUCUGAACCUUUAAAGCCUCUAACCUCCCAACUAAUGAUGCAGCCAGGGGGUAAGACCAUUAUCAGCAGUUUGUACUAAACUUUAUUAAAAUUACAAUUUAGUCAUAUAACAUUUUAUGAACUCAGUAGUGAGAUAACGUAAUAAAAGUCUAUUUUGUAGAACAGAGUUUUAAUCUAAUAAAUAGUUCAUAUUAUUUGUGAAUGAUCUUACCUGCCCUCUUUUUUUGAUUAUUUUCUUUUUUCUUUAUUCAAUAAUACUUGUGUGUUGAUAAAGAUUUUUUUUUAUUCA